UGGAGGGGGUUCUAGGGUCUGGAGGAGGGGAGGGGGGUGCGGUGUUGCAGGCAUGUGGCCGGGAGGGUGGGAGCGUCAGUGGCCUCGGUGGGCUUCCUGGCUGCACGGCUGGACCCGGCCGGCCCUCGCCCUCACCCCGCUCCUCCAGGACCCGCAACAAGGACCCCCCCAGUCCCUGCUGUUCGUGGUGCUGGUGGCUGCCGCCUGCCUGGGCCUGAACUUGAUCUUCCUCGUGAUCUACCUGAGCUGCCUGUGCUGCCGCCGGCAGCCGGACCGGGCCGCGGACACCAAGCGGCCCGACUCCUGCUGCGUCACCUGGUCCGCCGUGGUGGCCGGCCUCCUCUGCUGCGCGGCGGUGGGGGUCGGAUUCUACGGGAACAGCGAGACCAACGAUGGGGUGUACCAGCUGAUCUACUCUCUAGAAAAUGCCAACCACACCCUCUCCGGGAUGGACACCCUGGUGGAGGUCACCACCCUGAAGAUGAAAGUGGGCCUGGAGCAGCACCUCGCCCGCCUCAACGAGAUCUUUGCCGCCCGCGGCGACUACGUGCAGAAUCUCAGGUUCAUGCAGCAGAUGGCGGGGAACGUAGUUGUGCAGCUCUCCGGGCUGCCCGUCUGGCAGCAAGUCAGUGCCCAGCUGACCGAGUUGGUCAGCGAGACCAGCUAUGUGGAGUACUACAGGUGGCUGUCUUACCUCCUGCUCUUCAUCCUGGACCUGGUGACCUGCUUUGUGGCUUGCCUAGGGUUGGCUAAGCGCUCCAAAUGUCUCAUGGUCAUGACGCUCUGCUGUGGAUUUCUGACACUGGUGCUCAGCUGGGCUUCUCUGGCGGCUGCCUUGGCCGCCGCGGUGGGCACCAGUGAUUUCUGUGUGGCCCCCGACCAGUUCAUCUUGAAUGCUACUGAGGGUCAAGUCAGCUCAGAGGUGGUCCGUUACUACCUGCACUGCAGCCAGAGUCUGAGCAGCCCUUUUCAGCAGGCCCUCACCAUCUUCCAGCGUUCGCUGACCACGAUGCAGAUCCAGGCGCAAGGGCUGUGGCAGUUUGCUGUGCCUGUGUUCCCCACGGCGGAGAACGAUCUGCUGGGGGUUCAGCUCAUGCUAAACUCAUCGGAGUCCAGUCUUCACCAGCUGACUGCCAUGUUGGAUUGCAGGGGGCUGCACAAGGACUAUUUGGACGCGCUGACUGGCAUCUGCUACGACGGGUUGGAGGGGCUUCUAUACCUCAUGUUGUUCUCCCUCCUGGCCGUGGCAGCCUUCUCCACCAUGAUCUGCGCUGUGCCUCGGGGCUGGAAGCAGCUGGUCGUCAGAGAGCGGGACUACGACGACAUCGAUGAGGACGACCCCUUCAACCCCCAGGCCCGCCGCCUGGCCGGGCACCAGCUCCCACGCGGGCACCUCCGCAGCUUCUGCAGCUACAGCAGCAGCCUGGGCAGCCAGACCAGCCUUCAGCCACCCGCACAGACCGUCUCCAACGCCCCCGUCUCCGAGUACAUGAACCAGGCCGCGCUCUUUGGCGGAAACCCACGCUACGAAAACGUCCCGCUGAUCGGGAGAGGCUCCCCACCCCCUACGGUACAUUGGCCUGCAAAGUCUCCAUCCGGUAUUCUCCCAGCAUGAGGGCCACGUACCUCUCCGUCACGGACGACCACUUGAGGCCUUAUGGGAAUGAAUUUCCAGCCUAACAGUCUUCCACUGGGUCCUUCCUCCUCUUUUAUUUUCAUUUGUCUUUUAAACUGAAAAGCCACGCUGCGUUUCUUUAAUAGAAACCAAAGGAAAUGGGGGGCGGGGUGGGGGGUGGGGGAGAAACUGCAUGGACUUCAGGAACGGAACGGCGUCUUGCCAGGAGAAAGCAGGAAUAGAAACAGCCUGACGUGUCCAGAUGCUGGAUUGAUGGGGGAUGGGAGAGCAGGAAAUUGAACGGAGGAAAUCCCAAAGGAAUUAACACGAGCUGUCCAGAGCGGAGGAGGCUUUCCAACUCCUCGGAAUCCGGCAUCUUUCAAGGGCUGCUUCUCUGAUUCGGUCUUCCUCUCCCGGAAACGGGCCGGGGGAUGGAAAGGAGUGGAGGUGCCGCUUAGAAAUCAAGUCUCGGAACUCAAUUCCCUCUCCCCCAGCAGCUUUCCAUAACUAUCGCCCCCUCUUCCUCCCAUCAGCCUUUGGUCUCCUAGGAUGGAGGCCGAGGGUGAUUGGGGAAUAUGCGGGUUUCUGGGGGAGGCCCUACCACUCCCAGGACCAGCUGGGGAGGUGUUUCCUCCUUGGGCUGGUCACCAACUGCUUUUGACAAGCUAACUGGACUCUUAACUUCUUCUUUCGCCUCUGUACCGUUAGGCGACCCUUCUGCCUGCCUAACCGCAGGAGGAUGGGAAGGGAGGUUUGUGGGUGGGGGGUAUUUUUUAGGGAGAAGUGUGUGAAUUACCAGACCAUACACUGUUCAUGAAGACUUAGUGGCCUCAACUACUCUGUGGCUCUGAAUUCUAACAUGUUGGGAAGGGAGCGUGAUGGGGGAGAUCUGGGAGGGGAUGGCUAUGGGGGAAUCACAUGCAGAGGGGUGGCAGCCCCCACAAGAUCAGGCGUUCCUGGGGUCUCCCUGCUCCACUUGGGUUUCCACAGAGCUCCGGCCCCACCCACCCCACCUCCCCAUGCUCCGAGGUCGGACACUCUGUGAUUCGUCAGCCACGACUGGGGAGCGUCUCAGGUAUUAACACAGGCUCGGAAAACGAGUUUUGUUUUUUCCAGUAACCCGUUGCUUUUUUUUUUUUUUCCAGUCAGCCAACCCAAAGAACACGCUAAGCUCUUCCCGUGUGUUUUUAGACACGGGGUCUUGCGUUUCAGUUCUAACACCCGUGAUUUUUAUAUCAGUAUUUUGUAGACUGUGUAUUACUCUUGGCACUGAUUAGCUUGUCUGAGUUAUGGGGUGUUUUUCCUUCUUUUUUAAUAAUAAAAUAAAGAUGAAAACUAUGUGAGACGCCCCAUAACGUUGCAGGGGGGGGAAGCCUCACCCGUCAGCUCUUUCCCCUCUCCAAGAUGGCAGCUACCAGAGAUUCCAAAACUUGUAUUUUGACAUUUUCUAUCCAGGCAAGACUUGACCCCUUUCCUCUCCAAGGGAGGAUGGGAAAUUGUUGCCAACUACCGUGGCUUACAUUCUAAUAACCGAGGUCUUCCUGCUGCCAGAAUUUGGUCUCUGGUCAGGAGAAAUACCGACAUAUAUCCUUCCUCUCUUCCCCAGGGACUGAGUGUGGGUUAGGGUCUAUGGUGCUCCUACGCCCCUGCCAAGCCAAAACUCACGGUCCGUUUCCGAUGUGGGUUGGGGUCACUUGCUCUUUCUGGGGAGCUGACAGAAGUGGGAAACCCCUAGAAUGAACCAACCUGUCUCCAGGGAGAUGGAGCUCAGACAUCAGGACUCACCAUGCCUAUCGCCGGUAUUAACCUGUACAUAUCACCUACGAUGAAAAAACCCUGUGUCAAGGGCAACUGGGAAUUGUCACGGGGUCCAACUUUUGCUUCUUAACGUUUCGUAGUUGCGACUAGGAGAGAUGUUUUUAACGCAUGUGAACUAAAAGUUCUCUUUGGCUUCUGGACGGUCUUGAGGGCAGAGUUAGAGGAAAAACCCGGCUUGAUUUGUCUGUGCCCUUCUAAGAUGGAGAAAUAAAGAAAAAACCUGUACUAAA